AUGUCCCCGGAAGCUUGCACGGAUGCCGCCCACAAGUGGUUCGUCUUGCUUGCCCUGGGCGUCGUGCUGGGCUCCGGCGCGCUCUCCUACAACGCCGUGUGGGAGAGGCGACGCACACAAGCGGAGCAUCUUGCCCAGCUGCUGCUGAAAGGCAGGAAAAAAAGGAAACCGCAGAAUACUGGUCACACAAACCAGGAAGUCCUGUACACUGGCAUCUCACUACCCAGCUUCACCGCUUCUGAUGACGCCGCAGCUGAUUUCAGCGCCGCGCAGCAGAAGCAGAAGCAGCAGCAGCAGCAGCAGGACGCCGUGCAUGGUGUGGAUGCGGUGCAGGAUGACUUCUCUCUUUCUCAGCUGCGCGAAACACCUGUCGGGCACAAGAUGUCAGACGUGCCGUCGACACAGGAUGUGUCGCUUGCCUACUCCGCGGUGAAAACUGCGUACGGGGGCACUGAGAGCGUCAGCAGCGGCGGUGCUUCCCUGCGUCAAUCAUCGAACGCGCACGGUAGGGACUCACGUGUCAUGAUUGGCGAUCUGUCCGUUAUCAUCUCAAAGUGUUUCACCCCCGAGGCGGAGCUCUAUCGUUUCCCGAUUGAGUUGAAGCGCUACAUACACACCGACUGGUCACAACUCACACUUGUCGCCGAGGACCUCGGCGCCACGGAGGAGAACCUAACGACAGAAGCUUACAAAACAAAAUGCAUCGAGCAUGUUCGGGAAUUGGCGGAGCAGCAGCAAACAUACUUCAAGGUGCAGUAUGACACCAGCGCAAGCGUCAUUGUUACGACGAUCAUGGAGCUCUUUGUCAGUAUCAAUAUUGGCCCGUCCCCAACGGUCACGGCGUCCUUCUUCCUUGUGCGGAACCACAUGGCGUACACCAUCCAGCUCCAGGCUCUGGUGGACUGCUACGAAGCGCGUCUCGCUGACCUCUUCCCCACCAUUCAAAGUGCGCGGAUUGCGAAUACCCCACGCGCACACCCCGGGCAGCUCUGUCACGCGCUUCGGCCAACUCUGGGGGGGUCGACCUAUCUCGUCUACACACCGCUGCCGCUUGUCGCAACACGCACAAGCGCCGGCGACACCCUUGCGCUGCGUCACCGCCACGUGAGCGGGUGGUCCGGCGAGGUGCUCACCUGGGCGCCGAAGUCGAAGGACGGGAAUGAUGACAUCUCGGUUGAGCUCGUUCCGGGCACACUCUACCUCGUGUCACAUUGGCAUCUCCCACAAGGGAAGGCACGCGCCGCCGCCAUGGAAGAGGUGAAGCCGCUGUUCGAGACGUUGAGUGCAUCGAUUGUGCCGAAUUGCGGCAAGCAGUUGCCGUCCAGUUUCUACGUCUCUGAUGUGAUGAAGCUACGGUUGCCGCCCAUCCACCUGUUCACCACAACAGUGUGUAGUCACACUGCAGAUCCCUUCGUGAACGUCUUUGUACAGUCGAAGUUCUCUGGAUUGUUCGAGUUUGAGUUUGGCACAGUCUCUGUGAGUGAUGUGGGUGACUUUGCUCUGCUCAUGAAUCCGCUUUUCUUAAAGCUGGCACGGCCGCAGCUGGGGGUUACGGCCGAAGGGAAUAAGAGGGUGACGUUUCUGGGCGAAACGGAGAAUGGCAUGAUGCUUCGCAUUGAUGCCGUACGGACCACUGAGAUGGCUGGUUGGUACGUUGUAAAGUGCUUGUAUGCCAGGGAUAGCGAAGUGCCACCAGAUCUGUUGCAGUACAUAGAAACUAUAUUCGACGGGUUCUCAUUGUUUCUCCCCUCAAAGACGUCUAUUGCCAGUCCUGGCACCUAG